UUUUUUUUUUCUUUUAUUUUUUGGGGCCUUGUGUGUUCUUGUUUAUGUUCUGUCUGGUUGCUGGGAAAUCCUAGGAGAAGAAAUGAAUUCUUUAUGGAGGUUUUGUGGUUGAAUUGGCUGUUGUAGGAUUCUAAGGAUUUUUUUUUUUUUUUUUAAUUUUCUUUUUUUUCUUUGGACAAUUUCUCGGCAUCUAAACGAAGAAUUUCAUUGUAGAGAAUUUUGGAAUUGUAUUAUUGGGAAAAUUUGGAGUGUUUUUUAGCUUGAUUUUUUUUUUGGAGCUAUGAUGUUCUUGUUUUGAUGCUUGACUUGGUUUCAUCAUGCUAAUGGGGAUGUUCAGUUGAGGUAUUCCGACUGCUUUGAUGGCCUUAACGUCCAUCUUAGGAAAAUUCAACCAGCUAAUUAGUUUUUUUCCCCUCUCUAAUCGCGUGAACCUUGGUAUCUUUUGGUGUUUUUUUUGGGGGGGUUGAGAUUUGGAGUAGUUUUGGAUCUGGGUUGAUUUUGAUGCAGAUGAUUGGGUGCUGAGUUUAUGGGCUUCUUCUCAUCUCUUUUUCUUUCAUGAAGUAUUAAUGGAUUUGCCGUGGGCAGGGGUUUUUAGGAGCAUACAAAACCUUGUCACUGGUGAAGACAUUGAAGAUAAAAUGGGCUGUUUCAAGGUUUUGAAGAGUAAGAAGAAAAAGGCUGAGCGCACUGCUCACAUUAAAAGGAUCAAUCCUCAGGAGCUAACGCCCACUACACUGCCUGAACCCAAACUUCAGAGCCGCACACUUCAAUCUGCACCCCCAAGUUUUAGAACCCUAGUUAAACCUGUUCAACCAGUUAAAAGAAUCAUUAACAGUAGAACACGAGCAUUGUCCGCCCCAUCAAGCCUCAAUGCAACUGAACAAGAUGCGCUUGCAUCAAAUGAAUGUGAAGAACAAGAAGAGUUGAAGAGUCGUGUUGGAUUAACAAAGGAACAGCGAUCGCCAAGCCCUCAGCCUCUUCCUCUCCCAUCACCUCAAGGCACUGUUGUACUGAAAGCUACAGGAAGUUUUAAAGCAGGGAAUGCGAGUGGCCCUCUCUAUGCUUCUGGCCCACUGCCAUUGCCUCCUUUAGGAGCACUCCGGAACUUUGGCUAUGAAGAAUUAUCAAACGCCUGCCUCAAUUUCUCUUCAGAUCGAUGUGUGUCAGAAGGACUUUCAUCCAUAAUUUACAAGGCUUCCUUUGGGGAUGAUGCUUCAGGUUCAAAAAAGCUGGAAGCCACUGUUACCCGGCUUCACCCAUCCACCCAGGGUUUAAAGGAAUUCAUAAAUGAGGUAAACACGCUUGCAUCAUUGCAACAUCCCCACCUCUGUAAGUUGCUUGGUUUCCAUGCGCGUGAGGGAUCUGACCAGAGGAUGUUGGUUUAUGAGAGGCUCUACCAUGGAAGCUUAGACCGUCUUCUAUAUGGGAGAUCGGAAGGGCCAUCCAUUGAUUGGAACACAAGAAUGAAAGUUGCUUUAUGUGCUGCACAGGGUCUCACUUUCUUGCAUGAAGAAGGGCCUUUCCAGGCUAUGUACAAUGAAUUUUCAACUGCCAAUAUACAGAUUGACAAGGAUUUUAGUGCAAAGCUUUCGGGAUAUGGUUGCGUUGGUCACAUUCCAGAAGCAGAUGUUUGCAGUAGUUCAGUUGCAGUAGCAAAUCUAUCAGUGGAGACAUUAGAGAGAGGAUUACUAACUCCCAAAAGCAAUGUUUGGAGUUUUGGAAUAGUUCUUCUUGAGCUACUCACUGGGCACAAGAACCUUGACAGCCGCCAUCCGAAGGAAGAGAGGAACUUAGUUAAGUGGAGUCGACCUUAUCUAGCUGAUGAUUGUCGACUCUCAUUGAUAAUGGAUCCUCACCUAAAAGGCCGCUUCCCUGCCAAAGCAGCCCGAACAGUGGCCGAUAUUGCCCAAAGAUGUCUUCAGAUGGACCCCUUAGAAAGACCCACCAUGAGAACCAUUGUGGAGCAUCUCAAAAUCAUUCAAGACAUGAAGUAUUCCUGCCGGUUUCCUCUGCAAGAGCCUGCAGCAGUUGCUGGAAAACGGAUGUCAAGAUCGCCUAGUCUCAAUGGGAUCAUUACCCCAGCGCCCAGGCUAAGUUUCUCCCCUUCUCCGCCAUCAAGAACCCACCUCUCCGUUUCUCCAACAAGACCGCCUGUAGUACCCGUGUCUCUUCCUCCCCGAGCCUGUUCCUCCACUCUCUCUUUGGAGGACCUUGAACGGCAGGAAAGCAGGAAAUCUUCAUCAUCAACAUCCACCUUUCGGAGGCCCAGUGUUGAAGGUUUUUGAUUGUCAAUAGUAUGCAAUUUUUUCAUUUUCAUUUUUUUUUUUGUUUUUUCUUUCCCCUUUUGUGAUUCAACACAAUAUAUAGAAGAUAAAAAAAAUGUGGGUCUUCCACCUUUCCAUCCCUCAAGAAGAUUUAACAGAGGAGGAUGCUAUUUUGUAGAUAAAAAAGAAAAAAAAAAGAAAAAAAAAAGUGUGAGCCUCUCUUCUUAUUGGGUUCAGUUAGUUUCCUCCUCUCCACAAUUUGAUUUUGCUUUUUCUCCUUCCCUCUGGCAAAUGUUGUUGUGAUGUCUUCAUUGAAAUGAAACACAGAUUUGUUUGCAA